ACCGUUGACAUUUUAUUCGUAUUUUGUGGCUAUUGAACAUAGAUUAGCAGUAUAUGUAUAUAAACAAAACAAAAGUGGGAAAUGGAUAAGUUAACAACAAUUAGUGCUACUCUGUUUCUUGCCGCCGAUGUCUUUGCAAUAGUUAGUUUAGCAAUGCCGGAUUGGAUUGUAACCGAGGAGGCAGGGGAUAUACGUCUUGGUUUGAUGUGGACUUGUAUGACGCUUUAUAAUCGUUCACAAGUCUGUUAUACUCCUGAACUACAGCCGGAGUGGUUAUUAGCGCUCGUAUGCAUAUUUAUUGGAUGUAUUUGCAUAACAACAACUGUAAUACUAUUAGCAUCGAGCACUUGGGAUCGUAAUGUCAUACCCUACGCCCGAUGGGUAGGAUUUACCGCUAUGGUAUUGUUCUGUUUAGCUGCAGUGGUUUUGCCACUAGGUUUUCAUAUCGAAGAGAUUGGUGGUCAAGCCUACCAGCUGCCCAAUACAUAUAAAAUUGGCAUUUCGUACAUAUUGUUUGUGUUGGCUCUAUGGAUAACAGUUGUUUCUGAAUUGUUCGCAGGAAAAGUAUGUCUGCCACAUUUUUAAUAAAAAAUGCUAUAAAAAUAUAGGUGAAAAGAGAAAGAAUUUGGAGUUUGGGAAAUUUCAGCUGCUAUCUACUAUAUUUGUGAAAAGUUAUUAUAACUUUUCUCUAUUCUAGUUUAUUCUCUUUGCAACUGGCAUUUAUUCUCUUUUAGUUUAAACGAUGGAAUGCUACAAAGUUUUAUAAUAAGUACAAUAUUGAUUAUAAGAUUUUUGCUUAUUAAAAUUA